AUUCCCCCUUUCACUGUAGUGAAAGUGGCCAAACACCGAUCGAUCUUCCGACAGUUUUACCGAGGUGUUUCGGCUCUUCGUCGCCCAGGAAGCACAUUCCAAGAUUUCCACAAGAGUCUUGAACAGUUCAUAUUUAUACAGGAGAGAAACCAGGUCGCAAUGGGUUUAUCGUUGGUACCAAAGAUGGCUUUUCUUACCAUUCUCCGCCCAAAAGGUGAAGAAAAUAUACAGGAGAUCAUCAAUACACUGCGAUCCCCUGACGAGUCCUCCAAACCUUCAGGCCCAGAAUAUAUUUCCAGUCUAUACUUUACUCUCGCAACACGAAAAGGCGCAAUAUCAACCUUCGGUAAAGGGGCAAAGCCCACACUCCUCGGUCACCUGGAAAUGCUACAUCCAAGCCAGCCCGGAUUUAGCAGAGAACGAGACUUGCAGGAUCAUAAGUUGUUAUAUAAUUCUUUACUUGAGCAAGGUUUGUGCGAAUCGAAAGAAAAUAUCACGUCAUGGCAAGUCGCCGGCGGCUUCAUUACCCGUAGGGAUGAAGUUAUAUCAACAAAAGCUGGAGUUCUUAUUCUGGCCAAAUUUACAUCCGUCAAGAACAAUGAAGGUCGGAAGAAUCUACUCCAACAUUUAGACAAAUUUUGCAACUGGGUUCAAACAAAUGAGCCAUCGACUUACACCUAUUGUGUGCUGACAAGCCAGACUGUGGCAGAGGAAGUCUUGCUUUUUGAGCGCUAUAAAGAUUUGUCCGCUCUUAAAGGACACAGUCGAACAAAAGAAAUGCAGUCGAUGCUUAAACAAAUAUCGCCCUUAAUCAUUAAAAACAACACGGAAAUGAGUGAGUGGAAUGAAGUAGAUGGCUUCAGGUUUGUUAAUUUGGGUGUAACUCCCAAGGUGCGGCUUUGA